ACUCCGAAGCGUGCGCCUGCGCAGUGGCCGACUCUUGCGCCGUGAGGAGGAGGAGGAGGAGGAUGCCCCUGAAGUUAUUUAUAAUGUCGGGCCGGCCGCUGGUGACGUAGCGAGGAGUUCGGGCAGCGGCGGCGGAGGAAGCGGCGGCAGCGGCGACGCCUCUUCCCUUCCUGGUCUCCCUCCGUCCGCCCGUCCUUCCUCCUCCGCCCCCGGGCCUCCGCUGCCAUGGAGGGAGCCGGGCCGCCUCUGCCGCUGACGGAGCCGGACUCGGGCGGCGCGUGCUGAGGGGCCGGACUCGGGCGCGAUGGAGUGUGCUUAAUUGUCCCGGCACUCACCUGCCAAACAAGAUUGGUACCACUGGACGAGGAGACCUUGCAUUCAUCUGUCCGUUCCGUAUCAGUACUGGAAUGAAACUGAAUCUGUAACUUUCUUCUCAUUCUCGCAAGGAUUUGUUUCCCCUUGCCCCUGCUGCAGGGACUUGGGGCAGGGUGUCUCAGAAGGGUGGAGUGCCUUACCCAUCUGGAAGGGCACCUGGUUUGGUUUGCUCUCUGCCUGUGGAAGCUCAGCUGUAGGAUUUCUUGGUUUUUCCUCUGGGAGAUUAUUCCACUAGGAUAGACAAUGCCUUGAACGGGGACAGCGCUUUCCCACUCACCAGCCCUACAAACCAUUCACAAGGGAGUUCAGCAGAGGUGGCGAAGGCGACUGGGGAACUCACCAUGGCUGGGAGUGGCUACACAGACCUGCGAGAGAAGCUCAAAUCCAUGAUGCCUUACCGGGACAAUUACAAGGGGGGCGGCACUCGAGACCCUGCCGAGUCUCCCUAUGGAGGCGCAGGUGGAGCUGCAGAGCGCAAGCGGAAGUACCACGAGGAUUCUGAGUCGGAGCCCAGCGACUGCGAGGAGCACCAGCGGGAGGAGGAGGAAGAGGCCCAGAAAGUCAAAAGCGGCAUCCGGCAGCUCCGCCUGUUCACCCCCGAGGAAUGCGCCAAGAUCGAAGCUCGCAUUGACGACGUGGUCUCCAGGGCUGAGAAGGGCCUUUAUAAAGAGCACACAGUGGAUAGGGCCCCUCUCCGGAACAAGUACUUCUUUGGGGAGGGUUAUACAUACGGGUCUCAGCUGCAGAGGCGAGGUCCCGGUCAGGAACGGCUGUACCCACGUGGGGAAGUGGAUUCCAUUCCCGAGUGGGUCCACGACCUCGUCAUCCGCAAGCUGGUGGAGCAACGGGUCAUCCCUGAGGGCUUUGUGAACAGUGCGGUGAUCAACGACUACCAGCCCGGGGGCUGCAUAGUCUCCCAUGUGGACCCCAUCCACAUCUUUGAGAGGCCUAUUGUCUCGGUGUCGUUCUUCAGUGACUCAGCCCUCUGCUUUGGCUGCAAGUUCCAGUUCAAGCCCAUCAGGGUCUCUGAGCCGGUCUUCUUCCUGCCUGUGAGAAGAGGGAGUGUCACUGUGCUCAGUGGUUACGCAGCUGAUGAAAUUACACACUGCAUUCGACCACAGGAUAUCAAGGAGAGGAGAGCAGUCAUCAUCCUUAGGAAGACCAGGCUAGACGCUCCCCGGCUGGAGACGAGAUCCCUGAGUAGUUCUGUGCUGGUGCCAGGGUACGCCUCUGACCGCCUGUCAGGAAGCAACAGGGACCCCAUCCUGAAGCCAAAGAGGUCCCAUCGCAAAGCAGACCCAGACGCUGCUCACCGACCUCGGAUUCUAGAAAUGGAUAAAGAGGAGAACAGGCGCUCGGUCCUCUUGCCCAAGCACAGGAGGCGGAGCCAUUUCAGCUCUGAGAACUAUUGGCGGAAGUCUUACGAGUACACGGAGGACUUUGACGAGGAAGAGGAGGACGGCAGUCCAGCUCGGAAAGUGAAGAUGAGGCGGCACUGAGGGAUUCUGUUCUUUCACCCCCCCCCACCCCUUCCAACAGAGAUAUUUGAGCUGAUGAGACUGGCCUUCAGGCUGUGAAAUCGUAUCUUCCCCCACCCCUCCUCCCUCCCACCCCCCUUGGCUAUUUCUCAUCUAGCUUCAAGGUUGUAUUCUCCCUCACCCCCCCCCACCUCUUUUACGCUGAAGAAUGGAUCUGGAACGGAUCUGGCUUUUUUCCUUUUUCCUUAAAGAGAGGCAGCGGUGCUGACUGGGUUGUACCUGCAGCCACCUGCCCUCUUCCCCUCUGCUCCCCCGCCCCCGGGCAGUCGGCCACGCCCCUCGAAAGCGUGGAGGAGCAGCUUGUCUUUAAAGGGGCGGGGAGAAAGCUUAUGUCGUUCUUUGAGGCGUUUGGGCUGGAGUGGAUUUUGAAGAUGCCCCAAAACAAAA